AUGACAAACAACGCUGCAGAAAGCCUUAACAACGUGACUGAAGAAUUCCGGGCAUAUCCAAUAACUACUCUAGUUGAGUUCAUAAGGUUCACACUACAAAAUUGGUUUGCUAACCGUCUGGAGAAGGCAAGUAAGUGUGUUACCCCUUUGGCAACUCAUUUUGAGGAAGAUUUGAUAAAGCAACACGAGGAUGGUAGACGUAGAAGUGUCCUACGUAACGGUGCACAAUUGUUUAAUGUUGGAAGAGGUGCUGACGGUUCUGACUUUGAAAAAGGCGGAGAUGUGAACUUAGUUGAGAGAACUUGCACUUGCGGCAUGUUCCAAUUGUUGAAAAUUCCUUGUCCCCAUGCAUGUGCUGCAGCGCUUACUCAGAAUGUCAGUGUCUACGCUCUGUCAUCCCCCUAUUACACAAAGGAGACGUGGAAGAAUACUUACGAUGCAACAAUUAAUGUUGUGGGCGAGGAGGAUGAAUGGGUGCUUCCAGAACACAUGCAGAACAUAAGAAUCGGUGUACCAGUGGAGAAGAAACCUGUAGGUCGUCCAAGAAAGAGCAAUGCAGGAAGACUACGGACUAACCGAUUUCCAUCGAACGGUCAAAAAGUCAAGGAACCACGCAAAUGUUCAAACUGUGGCGCAUUGGGACACAACAAAGCUACUUGCAAGGCCAGGGUUUGA